CGACACGCCAAAAAUAAAAAAUAAAUUUUACUCGUUUUUAUACUAUAAUACUCAUAUACUAUAGUACAAUACUCCUCAUUUUACUUAUUUAAAAUUUUUACCUCAAAAAAUCCGUGUUUCAGUUAUGUACGCAUAGAAUCGGCGCUGUUGUUGUUGUCUUUCUCAAUUUCGUCGCCCCUUUUUUUACCCACUUCUCAUCGCUUUUCUCUCUCCUCUUUUAGAUUCCUUCUGCUACCAAGAUUCUCUUGAUUCUUCGUUAUUCCUUUUGGAAUUUCUCAAUUCGAUUCCUUCAUUUUUCAACUGGGAUUUUUGUUUUUACUUUUGUUUUGAUUUUCAGCGUUUUUCUCCUUUCUUGUCGAUGAUGCAGCGAAUCGUGGAUAACGCCAUUGCAAUUACUAAGGAGUCAGUGAAGACAGUUACCUAUGAGUCCUUGAACAAUAUAGUUAAACUGAUAAAUAGCAUCUCAGCAAUUCUGCUAGCCAUUUUGCCUGGGAAGGCCUCUAUUCUGGAAGGUCUUGAGAUAAGACCUACUUUUCGUGGACCUCGACUUCCAAGGUGGAUGGGAAGUGGUGUUUCUUCCUUCAACCAGUUGAUUCAUGAUCUGUCUGUGGAUUCUGAUACCUCAAGUGUGGAAUACUCCUCUGGGGAAGAGGAUGAUGGAUACGCAUCACCUGCAACACCUAGAUCUGAAAGCUCUCGAGCUUCAUGGGCUACCAAUAUGAGAGAGUAUGAUAAUCAUCAGACAUUGAUUGGGUAUAUGCUUUCGUGGAUUUUAUUUCCCUUCACACUUAUGUUGGGGUUUCCGUUUUGGCUCUACCGUCUAAUCUUAAGAGGGAAUAGGUCCCAACAUGCCGAGUGUCCUUCACCUAUUCAUUCUCCUAGAAAGCUGCCUAGUCUGAGGGAUCAUUUUGUUCAUCGUGCUACGGACCGCAGAAGAGGAGUUAUUGAGGAUCUUCAUCUAGCUACUGAAAUUGUUAUAGAAGCUGUCUUUGAUGCCGUCCACAAGACUGCGCAUUUUCUUCUUUCUCCAUCAGAGGCUUUUAGAAUUAUAUCUGGAUUGAUUUUUCCUCAACGGAGUAGCAGUAUUUAUGUCCAUGAGUCUGUUGAAGAUAUCCCUACAGCUGUACUUGGAGAUCAUGAACCGGCUCCUACUGAGAGGAAAACGACAUUUCAUCCACUUAAUACAGAUGCACGGACUUGUCAAGAUGUCAUCACAGAAUUUGGGUAUCCUUAUGAAGCUAUCCAUGUGGUUACAGAAGAUGGGUAUAUUCUUCUUCUGGAAAGAAUUCCAAGACGCAAUUCUAGGAAGGCGGUUUAUUUACAGCAUGGAGUACUUGAUUCAUCUAUGGGUUGGGUGUCCAAUGGAGUGGUGGGCUCUCCCGCUUUUGCAGCUUUUGAUCAAGGGUAUGACGUAUUUCUUGGGAAUUUCCGUGGUUUGGUCUCAAGAGAACAUGUUGACAGGAACAUUUCAUCAAGACAGUAUUGGCGGUAUUCUAUCAAUGAGCAUGGCACUAAGGAUAUUCCUGCUAUGCUAGAGAAAAUUCAUGAGGUGAAAACUUCUGAGUUGAAGUUGCAGUACCCUGACUUUGAUGAAGAAAACAGUGAUGAGGCACCAUAUAAUCUGUGUGCAAUCUGCCACAGCUUAGGAGGAGCUGGUAUUCUUAUGUAUGUAAUCACGCGUCGAAUUGAACAGAAACCGCAUAGGCUUUCAAGACUGAUAUUAUUAUCACCAGCUGGUUUCCAUGAUGAUUCAAACCUUGCGUUUACUGUGGUUGAACAUCUAUUCCUCGUAUUGGCCCCCAUCUUAGUUAAGAUCAUUCCAGCUUUCUAUAUACCUACACGAUUCUUCCGUAUGCUGCUUAAUAAAUUAGCACGUGACUUCCAUAAUUACCCUGCUGUUGGUGGUUUGGUCCAAACUCUUAUGAGUUAUGUUGUAGGAGGAGACAGUUCCAACUGGAUUGGGGUCCUAGGUUUACCGCACUACAACAUGAAUGACAUGCCAGGAGUAUCAUUCUACGUUGCUCUUCAUAUGGCACAGAUGAAGCGAACUGGCAAGUUUAGGAUGUUUGAUUAUGGGAACCCAGAUGCUAAUUUCCAGGUUUAUGGAUCUCCAGAGCCAGUGGAUUUGGGGGAAUUCUUUGAUCUUAUUGACAUUCCUGUUGAUCUUGUUGCGGGUCGGAAGGAUAAGGUCAUUCGUUCAUCAAUGGUCAGAAAGUAUUACACUUUGAUGAAAGCAGCUGGAGUAGAUGUAUCAUACAAUGAAUAUGAUUAUGCCCAUUUGGACUUCACGUUUUCUCACCGAGAGGAACUCUUGGCAUAUGUGAUGUCCCGUCUACAGCUCGUUAAGUCUACUCCCAAGGAACGUCUAGGUUGUGUAGAUGGAGGGUUGGAGGAAAAGCAACAACUAGGUUGUGUAGAUGGAGGGUCAGAGGAAGAUUUGCACGAGCAUUCUGAUUAAUGAGGGUAUCUUAUUUAUACUUGUUAUUGAUGUGGUAACUGUUGUGAAUGUCCUAAAGGUGUAGACUGGUGUACAUAAUUACAGUUGCGUCUUUUGUCACAUCAUCUUUAGAUUUAGAAUCGGCUUCAUGUUGAUCAUGGCUUCCCGUUAUUUUAUCUGAGGGAAGGCGAAACUUUAGAAGCGUCUGUUUGAAGCAACAUGUCAGCAGAAGGUAAACUUGUAAUUAGUUCCUUGAUGGAUAAAGUAACAUUCCUAUACUGUACGUGGCUGCUGUUGAAAUGUGGUAAGACUUUACGUAGUAUGCUGAUACCGAGUCUCUUUUAGACUAAACCUAUACUUGUUCUUCAGUCCUCCCUACAUUUAUGUAUGAUGUAUUUAGUUUUUGAUUCACAUUGUUCUAAUGAUUGUAGAACUCAGGUUUCAAUAUACCCUGAAUUGAUGCAUUUUGUACUCUGUAGAAUUGUUUUUAUAGCCUCAUCAUUAUGCUUGAUGAUUUUGAAUAUUGUAAAGAUGAUACAAAAGUCAUAUGUGCCAAAACUUCUACUACGUAAUAUUUGUUUACUGAAUAUUGUACCAAAUAUAGCCCGAGGGCCUUGUUUCAUUUUA